ACUUUGACAGCACCUGCUCCAUUUGCAGACGAAACAAGCUGUCAGUGCCAAGCCCCCCAUGAGAAGCUGACCAUUGCACAAGCCCGCCUGGGAACACCAGUUGACAGACCUGUCAGAGUGUAUGCAGAUGGGAUAUUUGACCUUUUCCACUCUGGCCAUGCUAGAGCUCUUAUGCAAGCCAAAACUCUAUUCCCAAAUAGCUACUUAUUAGUAGGAGUUUGCAGCGAUGAUUUAACUCAUAAAUUCAAAGGCUUCACUGUGAUGAAUGAAACUGAGCGAUACGAAGCCCUCAGACACUGUCGUUAUGUGGAUGAGGUCAUUAGAGAUGCACCCUGGACACUGACACCCGAGUUCCUUGAAAAACAUAAGAUUGACUUUGUAGCCCAUGAUGACAUCCCAUACUCCUCCGCUGGCUCGGAUGAUGUAUACAAACACAUAAAGGAGGCAGGAAUGUUCAUACCAACGCAGAGAACAGAAGGUAUCUCCACGUCGGAUAUUAUCACAAGGAUCGUCCGGGACUAUGAUGUGUACGCCCGGCGCAACCUCCAACGAGGAUACACCGCCAAAGAGCUGAAUGUUAGUUUUAUAAAUGAGAAGAAAUACCGCUUUCAAAACCAAGUGGACAAAAUGAAAGAAAAAGUCAAGAAUGUGGAGGAAAAAUCAAAAGAAUUUGUUUAUAAGGUGGAAGAGAAGAGCCAUGACCUCAUUCAGACAUGGGAAGAAAAGUCCAGGGAAUUUAUUGGCAGCUUUUUAGAGCUGUUUGGACCUGACGGAGCCUGG